AUGAACGCCAGAUCUCAAGUAUUUGAACUAACAGUCGAAGGGCGACAGGCUGAUGAAGCGGUAGCUAGCAUUUUUCAUACUGUUUUACUUCAUAGAUCGCUAGGCAAGUUUUUUUAUAACAACGAAGGUAGUUAUUCCAUAGGAACGCUCGGCUAUACAGAUGUGGAUUGUGACUUUAUCGACUUGACGUAUGUCUGUUGUAGUUCGGCCUCUCUAGACGAGAUGCUCAAGAAGGAGAUCAGUUGCUUUUCUGAGCAGCUGAGAGGAAAUGAAGGUACUGGGAUGGGCCAGAUUACCUUAGAGUUCUUUCAGAAAAAGCCCAGCAGAUGGCUGUUCCAACCCGAAUGUAUUCCAUGGGAGGUUUGGACAGUACGACUGGAGCUGAUAACUCUGAACAACGAAGGGCAAAGGCAGGUUUGCCGAGAAAAGGUCGGCGAACUAUUGACCGACAAGAUACUGUACAUAACCGAAGUCAUGAAUCGACAUGAGUAUGUGCCCAAGAUGCCCAGUCACAGUGAGCUUGGCUUAAUUUUUGACUCCUCAUUUCCGGACGUUCAGCCAUACCUGUUUAAAGUUAAUUAUUCCGUGGCCGGGCCCGCGGCUGGUAGCUCAGUGGGAUCCAGCGUGAAAAAACUUAUUAGAGAGACUUUACUGCUCUAA